AUGGUAACAAGCCUGACCAGAACAAUUUGGUACCUAUUGCCUGUUCUUACGACAUGGGGUGGCAGAAACGGGGGCGAGGUUUCAACUCUAAGACCGGACAUGCUGCAGUCAGGGGCCUUUCAACUGGUAAGGUCCUUGACUACACAACAAAACAUAAAAUGUGCCGCUCCUGUGAUCAAGCUAAAAAGGCAGGAAAACAACCAAAUGACCACGACUGCAGAAAAAAAUCAUUCAGGCUCUUCAAAGUCAAUGGAGCCUUUAGCUGCAGUUGAACUUUUCAAUAAGGUAACUAAAUCAAAUGUCAAAUUUUCAAUUUACAGUGGGGAUGAUGAUUCAAUGACUGAAUCUCACCUAAAGCAAAAGGUACUCUUUGGUGAGGAAAAAUGGAGUGAUACAGUUCACUUAAAAAGAUCCCUUACAACCCGAAUAUACAACUUGGGCCAACGAAGUAAGUUCCCCAACAGUUCAGUGUUGUCACCGAAAGUCAUAACUUACCGUGUCAAAUUCUUUACAUACUGUAUUGCACAAAAUAAGGGGAAUGCUACAAACAUGAAAUCUGCAAUUCAAAGCAUUGUGCCUCAUGCAGUUGGUGACUAUACUGGUUGUAGAGAAACAUGGUUUCGAUACAAGAAGGACCCUUCUCAUUUUUGUCACAGAGAUCUUCCCUAUGGCAAAGACCUCCAAGGAGAUAGUCUUCAAUCAGCCCUGAAAUCUCACUUUGAUGAAUAUAGCACACACAUUGUUAUAAACAGACUUGCACCUGCAGCAAAUUCUCAACGUAAUGAGUUUCUGAACAGUGUGUUGGGCUCGAAGGACCCCAAAAUUCGCUUUUACGGGGGAAGUGAAAACAAUGAUUAUCUAGUGUCCUGCAGUGUCUCUCAAGGCCAGCAUAGAUUCAGCUUCAACACGGUCACAAAGCCCGUUUGCACAAUGUUGGCUGGACACAACGCUGCCACAUUUGAUAUUCCAAUACUUCUUCGAAACGGUGGCGAAAAUUUUAUCGCGGAGCUCAGUUCCAUCAGUUCCAUUCAGUUUGCAGACACUCUGACACUGAUGAAAUCAUUCAUCAAAGCAAGCACUCUUCCCUCCAAAACGCAGAAGGUUGGCUCUGUCAAGGACGCCGCCGAAGACCUGAAAUAUCUUGACAACCAUCAUCAGAGACUCCUGUCUUUUCGAGGAAAGCUGUACAACCCAGGUCAUGCGGAUAGCGCAAUAAAGCAAAGCAUUGCUGAAAAAAUUGCUGGCAGUGGCCUAAGAUAUGAGGAUUUAAAAAAUUUGUACCAACGAUUUGGACGGAAAGGUCUUGUGUGUAUUUUGAACUAG